UCGGAUAGUUGCCUGGCUAUCACCCGGGAUGUACCAAGUCCCUCGUCACGCGCGGCAAAAAUUGUUCUGGUUUUUAUGUUUCGUCCUUGUUUCCAUAUCUUGGGGAUUUGUAUUCUGGACAGGAGCUGUAAUAGUUAAGCGAAACUUAGAGUCCAACCGAUAAAAUAUCAUUCUUAAUUUCAAGUUGUUGAAUGGAACUCAUUGAUCCCCAAAAUCCCAGGCUUUUAACAAAUCUUGAAGUUCUGAAGCUUAUCAAAGAUAAACUUGAAUCUAAAAAGAAAGUCAGGCGCCAGCAAACGCUAUUGUAUACGGGCGCAAAGUAUUUAAAUACCAAAUCACCUUGUAGCAAACAGGAAGAAUCAGGAGUACAGGGAUUUGCUAAUGAUGUCAAGGUAUUUAAUUUAACAAAAUCUGAGAUUCUCAUGCUUAUCAAUCACUGUCCCAGUAGUCAAGUGGAGCUAUCAGUAAUAAUCAGUGAUUUGGAUUCUCGAUUAUCUAACAGUCAAACUGACCAACUCUUACAAUUAGUAGAAAAGCAUUUUCCCGAUGGUGUUACUGCAAGUCAAAUGAUCAAUUCCACUGGUACAUUAGAGGCAUCUGAAGAUAUAUAAUUAUUACUACUUGUAUUUAUCUCCCAUCCUAACAUAAAUACAUUUUACUAGUCUUUCA